AUGGGUUCAGAAGUAAAACGUUUUCAAAUUGGUGAUCAAGUUUUUGGAAAUCUUGGCAUGAAUGAUGGUAGUUUUGCUGAAUAUGUUCGUGAAGAUGAAUCAUUAUUUGCCUUGAAACCAAAUAAUAUAACAAUGGAAGAAGCAGCAGUUAUACCAUUAGCAUGUGAAACAAAUUAUCAAGCUUUAUUCAAAAAAGUUUCAUCGCCUAUUGGAAACAAAAGUAAAAUAUUAAUUUGUGGUGGAAGUACAGUAACAGGUUUAUAUGCAAUUCAGUUAGCCAAAGCAGUUGGAGCUCAUGUCACAGCAACAUGUUCAAAAAGAAAUUUUAGUCUGAUGGAAAAACUUGGUCAAAAUUAUGAUGUUGUUUAUGAUUGCGUUGGUGGUGAACAACAAUGGACAUCAGCAUAA